UCCCCCCGGCCCGCCUCUCUGACCAACCCUGUGCUGUAGAGCCUCCUGGACAUGAUGGUCGCAGAGGAGGAGAACCUGAAGGAGCGUCUCUUGAAGAGCAUUGCCUUGCGUCGGAAGGAGCUUGACACCCUUUGUAGGGAGCUCCAUCUGGACCCCUUUGAGGCAGAGGAGGAAAGUACCAUUCUGCAGCUGGAGAAGGAUUUGCGCACCCGUGUGGAAGUGAUGUUAAAGCAGAAGAGGGACAGGAAGCAGGAGCUGAAAACCUUGCAAGAACAAGACCGAGACCUGUGCGACAUUCUUUGCACCAGUCCAUUCUGUAUUGACAGCAAUGCCGUGCCCAGCCUGGAGGAGCUGGAUCGUUAUAGGCGCCACUUGGCCUCCCUGACUGCUGAGAAGGAGCAAAGGCGAGAAGAGUUUGUCAGCACCAAGCGGCAAAUCAUCCUUUGCAUGGAGGAGCUGGACCACACUCCAGACACCAGCUUUGAGCGGGAUGUGGUGUGCGAGGAUGAAGAAACCUUCUGUUUGUCCACAGACAACAUUGCUGCCCUCCAGAAUCUGCUUCAGCAGCUGGAAGCCCGACGAUCCCUAAAUGAAGCUAUGUGCGCAGAACUGCGCUCCAGAAUUGUUGCCCUUUGGGAAAGGCUGCAGAUUCCUGUGGAGGAGAGAGAAGCUUUUGCAGUGCAUAUGACCGGAUCUAGAGCCAAAACCAGGAAAGCUCUGCAGUUGGAAGUGGACCGUCUGGAGGAGCUGAAGCUGCAGAACAUGAAGUCUGUGAUUCAGGCAAUCAGGGCAGAGCUGGCUGACUACUGGGACAAAUGCUUCUAUAGCCAGGAGCAGAGAGAUGUCUUCAGCCCCUAUUAUGAUGAGGACUACACGGAGACCUUGCUCCAGCUGCAUGAUGCUGAGGUGGGGAAGGUGAAGUGUUACUACGAGACGCACAAGGAUCUGUUUGAGGCUGUCCAAAAAUGGGAGGAAAACUGGAAGCUGUUUCUGGAGCUUGAGAGGAAAGCAACCGACCCCAGUCGCUUCGCCAACCGUGGGGGGAACCUGCUGAAAGAAGAGAAGCAGCGAGCAAAACUGCAGAAGACUCUUUCCAAGCUGCAGGAAGAGCUGGAGAGCAGAGUCCAGGCCUGGGAGCAGGAGCGUGAGGAGGCCUUCCUGGUGAAGGGACAGCAGUUCAUGGAGUAUGUGACAGAGCAGUGGCAGCUGUAUCGCCUGGAGAAAGAGAAGGAGAAGCAGGAGAGGCACCUGAAGAAAAGCCGCCAGAUUGAGGCAGAGAUGAUGUAUGGAAGUGCCCCACAGACACCCAUCAAGCGUCGGGUGCUUGGCCCCCACAUGCCUGGCAAAGUAAGGAAGCUCAAUGGCACUUCCAUCUCCAGCGCAACACCCAACAGCACGGUCCGUUCAGCUUUUGGGGGAACUCUCUACCACUCGCCGACGUCUCGGCUACCGCCCUCUGGAGGGAAGUUUGGCCAGGCUGCUCAGACUCCCAGCCGCGUGGCUACGAAACCUCCUCGGCCAGGACGCAAGGAGCGGAACAAGGAGAACGUGUCCCAGCUGAACGGAACCACCCUGAGCGGUGGGUGCACCCCCACAGCCCCUGCCCAGCGUAACUACAGCGUUAAUUCUGUUGCCAGCACCUAUUCUGAGUUUGCGCGCGAACUUUCAAAGGCUUCCAGGUGUGACACUAGCUCCCGCAUCCUGAACUCCACCACCACUACCAACACCUACUGCUGAGGCAUUACCUGUGCAAGG